AUGUGGCGACACAUGGCUGCAGAGCACACAGCACUGCGCCGUGACAGGAAUGCGACAUGCGAAAAAUAUCACAAUCCCAAAAACAGCGCCUCCCGCGUUCACUUCACUUUCCGUUGCGCCUCAUCCGUGGGCGAGUGCGAAAUGGCUUGGCCCUGGCCGCAGCACAAGAGCGCGGCAAGUGAAGGCCAGCGCUGGAAUCGCCUGCGCGUGGUGACGGUCGUCCUUCACCAAUCAUGCGGAGUCCCCGUCGGCUUUCCAACCACCCUCGACUAUCCGACAAAUGGCAGCGCACUGACCUGCAAGCCAGCUCCGGCGAACACAACAGAUGGAGCCCCAUACCCAUCUUCCCUCCCAGCGUCCAUCACCGCGGCCACCUCUGCCGCGCCUUCGUACACGACGGUAUAUUCGUAUGACACGGGUACGGCACCGCUAACAGCAGCUUCGACACGGACCACAAUCCCACCUUCAGGCACAGCUCCGGGCACAAUCAUCGUUCAGCUGCCUCCCACGAUAUCCUACCUGACCGUAACCCAGCCAUACACAGGCACCGUGCCUUUGACAGCAGCGACAACGCUUUCGACCGCGCUUCCGUCCGGGAAUGCGCCAGGUACAUACUACGUGCAGUACCCGCCGCAAUUUGUGACCGUGACUCACGCAUACUCCGGCACCGCUCCAUUGACUGCGCCGACGACGGUGCGAACCAUUUUCCCUUCGGGAAGCGACCCUGGAACGGUAUACAUUGAAACGCCGCCCCCCGCACAGUCCACUCUAUACUCGGAUGUGACGAGAACAUACACAUAUGAGUCGAGCGGAGUGACGUACACUACAGCCUUUACCACCGCAGUCGGCAUUACGAACGCUCCUGCCACUGGCCUGACCACCGUCACUUCACUGUACGGGGCAACGUCAGCAAUUACCGAGCCUUUCACAACGACCCUUGGCAGUUCUGUGGUGGUAUACAUUCCGCCAUACGUGACGUCGUAUUCCACGUACACUGGCACCUCGCCUUUGACAGCUCCGGCCACGAUCUCGACCAUUCCUCCAAAUGGCAACACACAAGGAACGUAUAUCGUCGCGCCUGGGAGCUAUAUUACCUCAACACAGCCGUACACAGGUAGCGUUGCAAUUACUGCUCCCAUCACAAGCACUAUCUCGCAGCCAUCGGGCACGCAGCCCGGCUUGGUGAUAAUUCAAACGCCAAGUCCGUAUGCUGGGCCUGUCAGCUAUAUUACUUCAACGCAGCCGUACACUGGCAGUGCUUUGAUUACAGCUCCGAUCACCAGCACUGUGGCACAGCCAUCAGGCACACAACCAGGACUUGUCGUAAUUCAGACCCCAAGAGGGAGCAAUGAGCCCGGAAAUUACAUCACAUCUACAGUUCUCUACACCGGCGGUCCAGUGAUCACGGCUCCGGUCACAACUACAAUCUCGCAACCAUCCGGCACCCAACCAGGCUUCGUCGUCAUCCAGACGCCAGCCGGAUACGGAGCUGCCUCAACUGUUACGACCACGCAGCUUUAUACUGGUACUUCAUCAAUCUCUGGCCCAAUCACGACUACUAUCUCGGCAAGUGGCACGAACCCAGCUACCGUCUUGAUUCAAACUCCUGCAGACUACGACGCGGUUACAAUCACCACUCUGUACACAGGCGCAUCUUCGAUCUCGGGCCCAAUCACAACUACCAUACCUGCCAGUGGCACUGAUGCAGAGACUGUGUUGAUACAGACACCUCCUGGCUACAAUGCAGGGUCAAGCUACACAACCAUUUACGAGGCUUACACAGGAACAUCUUCCAUCGAUGGGCCGAUCACAUACACAACUAUCCCACCUUCCGGGGCAUGGCCAGGAACAGUGAUAUUGCAGACGCCAUCAGGAUACACGGCCUCUUUCUCAUUCGUGAGUGCCUCGACAACGACACCAGUGCCAACUUCUACACCCUCACUAGCUGCUUGCCCAGCUGUGACGUGCGGAGCUGCCGCAACGAAUGCCACGGUAUGCGAUAACACUUCCGGGAACAGCUUCAAUGUCACCUGCGGAACAAGAUACGUUGGCAACAUUGUGAGGCGAGCUGCUGCACGAGAUACAAACUCAUGCUUAAUUGCUUGCGAUGCCACUCCAGGUUGUGUUGCUGUCAACUUUUACGGUGGCACUGCUGACGGGGAUGGGAACUGCGAAAUAUUUGAUGUAGUAGAGCGCAGUGUACCAGCCUCAGGCGUGGCCGCUGCCGAACGUCCCAAUUAUGUCGAACCGGAAGACGUCAACACCACGCCGCCAGCUGCUCAAAGUACGGACGGAGAAGCAGUUUCGUACAGCGUGAUCAGUACUGCGACUGUAGGAUGGGUGACAACUACGAGAGGGCCAUAUACUGGCACGAACCCGAUCACGAGUGCAACAACUGUCAGCACAGUCUUCCCCAGCGGCACCGUCUCGGGCACGUACUACGUGGAAACUCCAGCUCCCCAAUCUGCAAGUGGAUAUGUCACCAGCUCACGGCCGUACACAGGUACGGCAGCACUGACGCAAGCGACUACUGUCAGCACCGUCUCUCCAUCAGGAGCCAAUAGUGGGACGUACAUUGUGGAAUAUCCUCCUUCUAGCAGCUCGGUUGGCGCCUCGACACCUUACACUGGGACUGCUUCCAUUGACGGCCCAACCUCAGCUUCCACCUCCUUCACAUCUGCAGCACCAACCGCUUCCACAACUUCGAACAAUUUCACCUGUGCGGCAAACGACGGCACGAACGUAACGGAUGCUAGCGGUAAUGUCUAUGAGCUCCGUUGUGCAGUCAACACAGAAGCCGGAAGCGCCGGCCAGGCAGACGCGCCUACCAAUUUCAACGACUGCUUUGGACUCUGCGAUGGCAUAUCUUCUUGCUUGGGCUUCACCUAUCUAGGAGUGGUCAAUGGCACUGCGCCAGGCACUUGUUACUUCAAAGGCAACAGUACAGGCGAACCGAUCUUCAGUGCUCCUCAAUCGAAUGUAGUGUCCGCACUGCGACGCCGCGCUGUACCGGCUGCUCCAAUUCAGUCUGGGAGUAGCUCAACCGCGGGCGCAAGCACUUCAACAUCCUACGUGACAACCACGAUUGCUUGGACGGGCACUUCGCCGAUCACUGAAGCAACUACCGUCAGCACCGUGGCUCCCAGUGGAAGCCAAGCUGGAACUUAUGUGGUAGCCACACCAGCCUCGGCGUCUACUUCGACCUUUGACUACUAUGUGACAAGCACGCGCGCGUUCACAGGCGCAACUCCGAUCUCCGAGCCCACAACUGUAACCACGAUCCCGGCAAGUGGCAGUCAACCAGGGACCAUAGUCAUCGAGACACCAAGCUCUGGUUUGUCAUCAACAUUCAAUUAUUACGUGACCUCUUUCAGGCCCUAUACUGGGGCAGAUUCGAUCACACAGCCCACUACCGUGAGCACGAUCGCCGCAAGUGGUACUCAGCCGGGCACGCUGAUCAUCGAAACGCAAGCUUCUGGCUCGUCCACCUACACAUACUAUGUGACUUCGACGACUUAUGGCGUUUACUCUCAAACGACAACGUUGACCACUAUUCCAGCCAGCGGCUCAGCAUCUGGUACUGUAGUGAUUGGUGCUCCCCUCACUUCCACGACAUCAAGCUCAAGUUCAUCAGCCUUAUCUUCGUCUUUGGGCACAGUCACUUCAACGACGUAUGGCGCUUAUACUCAGACCACGGUCUUGACCACCAUUCCUGCGAGCGGAUCGGCUUCAGGGACUGUAAUAGUUGGGGCCCCUGCUACAUCUACGACAUCAAGCUCCAGCUCAUCUUCGACCUCGACCUCGUCCCCGACCUCUUCAAGCUCUUCUCUCUCAUUAGGCACAGUGACAUCAACUACAUAUGGCGCCUAUCCUCAAACCACAACGUUAACAACUGUCCCGGCUAGCGGAUCAGCGUCUGCAACGGUUGUGAUUGGAGCUCCGCUGACCUCUACGGCAAGCUCAUCAUCCAGCUCAUCCAGCUCAUCGGCGUCAACUUACACGUAUUACGUUACGUCAACGAGAGAAUGGACUGGAAGCUCGACUCUUGCGCAGCUGACAACAGUCACGACCAUCCCUCCUUCCGAUGGCAACCCUGGAACAAUUGUAAUAGAAACCCAGCCUCCUGUAACCACUACGUCCUCGAGCUCUACUUCCUCGAGCACCUCCUCGUCUCUAUCGCUUGACACGGUGACUGUAAGCAUCAUACCUUCUCCCUGA